AUGGUUUUCACAACAGAAGAUCGACUUGUUCGAGUGGUGAACGGGAGAUGGGCAAGAACCUCUGACUGUGGCUGGCUUUUCAUAGCAAAUGAAAGAAAUGCUGCAAAAAAACUAAGAAUCCGUGAAGGGAACGGGUACAGCCGCAAUAAGCAGAUCGUCGUUGAUGGGUUUGGUCUGUCUUCAGGUGAUGGAGACGUGUGUUUGACAUUCCAAUGGCCAGAGUGGAUGGAUGUUGACAGCGCGGCUUGGAAAAAAACAUGCCCGGUGACGAUUACAAACGACGAGGCCAUGGACAUAUACUUUGCCAUGGUCGCAGAGAAGAAAGAGUUGCCACUAUUGUACAUCUCUCAACUGUCUGUGGAUGAUUCAGUUGAUGCAAAGGCGAUUGAAAUCCUUGAGGCAAAAGGGAAGAAUGUGAUGGAAGAAGAUGACUGGCAACAUUUUGUUCAAGAAGAUGCUCAUGAGGUACUUGCAGGGAUGCAGAUUGAUCAUGCGGAGUGUGAAGGCGAUGAGCUAUUUGUUGGUCGCGUCUUCAAAACCAAACGUGACUGUCAAGUUAAACUUUCUGUAUACGCCUUUAGUCAAGACCGUUCGAUCAAGAAACUGACGGCUCUGACUUGCAUGUUCAACUCUUGCACAUGGAGAGUGUAUAUCGUCAAGCUGGAAGGUUCUGAGAGUUACCAGAUCACAAGUGGCAAUCUAAGACACACAUGCUCUGUUAAAGAUCGCCGUCGAUUCAACAAACAGGCCAAGGAAAAGUUCAUGAGGAGGAUCAUACAAUCAGGGAACGCUGGUGGUCUACAGAAGCUACUUCUAGACGACCACAAGAGAAAAGUGUGUUACUGGAAAGCGUGGAGUUCACAAGAAGUAGCAAAUGAUCAGGGAGCUAUGGGAUCAUCAUCUGACGACAGUUUUGCUUCACUGCCUUCUUACCUUUGGCUGUUGCGUCAGGCAAAUCCAGGAUCCGUGAUGGACCUUAAGACUGAAGCUGAUGCUUGUGGACUCUCUAGGUUCAAAAGCCUCUUCUUUGCAUUCGCAGCCUCUUUGAAAGGGUUUCGCUGCAUGCGUCGUGUCAUCGUUCUUGAUGGAGCUCAUCUACGUGGGAGGUUUCCUGGUUGCCUUUUAACCGCAAGCUGCCAAGAUCCUAAUUUCGAGAACUAUCCCUUGGCGUUUGCUGUUGCUAACGAAGAAGACGACGAUUCUUGGGACUGGUUUCUACGCAAGCUCAACACGGUCAUACCAGAUAGUGCUGAUUUGGUAUUUGUCUCAAAAUGGCAGUCGUCAAUCUACACAAGCAUACGCCAGGUGUACCCUAAAGCAUCGCAUGGGGUAUGUGUGGUUCACUUGCAUCGCCAUGUUUGCUCUGUUUUCAACAGUCGCCAUCUCGCUGACCUUGUCGUUAAAGCUGCGCGUGCAUUUCGUGUAGAUGAUUUCCAUGCUGCCUUUGCUGAGAUUGGCAGAAUAGAGCCAGAGUGUGCAAGCUAUCUAGAGGAAAUAGGGUUUAACCACUGGACAAGAUCACAUUUUAUGGGGAACCGUUUCAAUAUCAUGACGAGUAAUGUUGCCGAGUGUGUUAAUGCUGCGUUUAAGGAAGCUAGAGAACUGCCAAUUGUAUCGCUGUUGGGUUCCAUCCAGAGGACAAUGACGACAUGGUUUGCAAUGAGGCUAGAGGCUACAAAGGCUGAGCCAUCAUGCUUCCCUCCAAAGGUACGUGAACUGAUUCACCAAAGCUUAGAGACCUCCGAGGGGUUCACGGCUCGGCGUAUCGAUGCGUUUGAGUAUGAAGUGAAGGGCGAUUCUAAGCGUUCCUUCUAUGUUCAUCUACGGCAAAAGAAAUGCACUUGCCGGGCGUAUAAUUUGCUGGGCAUACCAUGCUCGCACGCCAUGUGUGCUGCUAUGGCUGAGGGCUUUGCCAUCCAUGAGCUCCUUGAUCUUUGA